AUGAGUCGUGAGUGCAGUUGCGAGCAGCUAGCUUGCAUCUAACAUCCCAUUCACAUUCACUGAUUCGAUCUUGACACUAGUCACACAAACUGACGAUCAUAUCAAGACUGCCAUUUUGCAGCUUACAUUACAACGCACCAAGCUCCUGCCCACCAUCCGCAAGGAGGUUGCCGUUGUGACAAGUCAUCUUGGAUGCCCACUCUACACUCCAGCUAUCCUUGUCUAGCCUCAGCACACCUCCACUCGUCUCCUGCACCCGACAGUGAGCACUCGCAAUACAACACCGUCUCCAAGCGACACGCAAAUUCAGACGCUGGAGCAUCGAGGCUGCACAGAAUAGAAAUCCGCCGGCUGCACAUCGAGACACGACAAUGCAUCAAGCUCCAGACCAAGCCGGUCCGUCACGUUCUCCCGAUGGACCCAAUCGAUCAGUGUCCACAUCACCAUCUCGCUCAGUAGGCGGCACCAUCAACAAAGUGAAGAUGGAGGGUGUGGCAGAUGAUGAGGAGGAGAGCAAGGCCAAGUCAAACAUUGGGCCUGUGCGAGAGUCGAAGGAAAAUAAAGCGGAAAGGAGGGAGAAGGAGAGCAAGGUGGCCCAAUCUCCAGCCAAAGCUGCCUGCACUUUCUGUCGGUCGAGGUGAGUGACGACCAAAGGAAACGAGGGAAGGCUGCUCUCCGCUGUUGGAGCAGACGAUUCUUCCUCUUAAAUGGGAGCACGUCUUGUUUGCUGCAUGCUGAUGAUGCCACCUUCGUGGUGGGGCAUCCGAUCCCGCUGUCGCUGCCUUUAGGAAAUCGCGCUGCAAUGGCAAAUGCCCUUGCGCGGCUUGCAUAGCCAGGGGACGAAUCGAUGACUGUAUAUACACGAUCAGCAGGCGUGGCGGCAAGCCGAAGCCAAAACAGGCUCCAUCAUCCAGUAAGUCACUGGCAUUGUGAAGAGAAUGGGUGCAGUCGCCAAACUUCUGCGACUAACGCACACCACCUUUACACUCCACCCUUCAGCGGCAAAUUCCCUCGAGUCGCAUUUGGAGCAGCUCUUCGCAUUAUCAGACCUGCCCAGCGACGUCCGAGUGCCGGGACAGGUCCCGCAGCUUCGGCCAUUCCAGACUGAUAUGAGUUUUGAUGGGCAAGACGUUGCGGGACCCUCAGCUUGGAGCUGCAAUGAAGGCACGAUGGGCAACGAGGAGCUGGAGCAGCUACUCAGCUCAAUGUCAGCCACGUAUGGAGCACCGGACCAGCAGACUGGACAGUAUUCUACCAUAGCGCAAGGCAGCAUGCCAAACCAAGGCGGCUCGCAUUGCAAUAUGUCAUGGCAAGACCAGUCCCAAGCUGCUGCUGCGAACUCUGGCCUUGCCCCGCUCUUUGGAGGUGAACUUGCUCAUCAAGCGCGAGGGCAACCCUCGGCAACGCACUCGAUGCCUAUGACCUUGGCUCAGUCCGAUGAGGGCGAAGGGGCACAGUCUCUGCUCGCAGACUAUUACCGAUAUCUAUACCGCUUCAUUCCGGUCUUCGUCUCGCCCGCUAGGCUUACUCCCGUGCUCAGCGGCUCAAUGCCAGCCUCUUCUCCCUUCUUGCAUGCCCUCCGAGCUCUUUUGCCCUUGCUGAGAGGGGAGUCCUCAUCUAUGCAACAACCCUUUGCGGUCCCCACGGGCGGACAACAUGGGCUUAAUUUCGGCAGCGCGGAGAAGCAUGCCCGUUUGCGAGGCCUCACGAGCUGGUGGGAGCGCAAAGCUACUGAAGAGAUCGACAGCGUCUUGGAGCGGCUAGAGGGAGAUGAGGAUCAAAUGACGAAGGAGGCGCUUACGCUCGAGGUCUGUCAGUCGCUUUGCACCUUGGCCAUCUACGAGGUGAGUCAGAAAAGCCGUCGGCUCAGGACCGUGCGCUGUCAACUCAUCGUUUGUUGCCGACUUGCUCCCGCGUCAUCGACAGUAUGGCUCAGGAAGGGCACUGAAAGCGCGACUGAAAGCCGAUCAAGCGCUUGGGUUGGCUAUGUCAAAAGGCUAUCACCAGGUGCUAUCGGCCUCUUACACGGGCUCCGGCACACCGGGACCUCAAAUAGGGCUUGGGGCCGAAGGCGCUGCAAAGCACUACUUUGCUGGCGUCGAGCCUGGAGAGAUAGGGCAGAUGAAACGUAGGGUGUGGUGGACUGUGUGGAGCCUAGUGAUGUGGAGCGCGUGAGUCGGUUUGUCACACUAGCACCGAGGGCAUAGGCUUUGAUGUUGACCUACGCUUCUUCAUGCAGGUAUAACACGGCUCGUACCCCAACAAUCCGAGCAGACGAUCCGCGCGUCCGCACCGACAUGCCAGCAUGCAGAGACGCCUCAGCUUGGGCCAGCAAUGUGCGCUCUUUGCAGGCCCUUCUGCUUGUGCAAGAUCGAGUGUUGGCGCUCUCGCGGUUGCAAGAAGAGAAUCUGGCCGAGGUCGAAACGUCGGGGCCAGGUGGUGUGACGCUGCCUGCCUCACCAGCUAAUGCAGUAGCUGGGUCACCGCUGAGUGCAAACACUCCCGCUUCGGCUAGCGGGGGGCCGACAAAGGUCAUCCCUGCAGCAUUUUCCAGCCUGCCAACCAUCGCCACAAAGCAGGACAUCCUGCAGUCCAUGCAAGAGAUCGACGCCAGCCUCCAAGAACAGAUCAAAGCCAUUGAGGAGCCAGGCGCGGAUCUGGGGGGUGCGAUCAACCACUCUCGCCAAAGCUCAGGGGCGCGCCAGAACGCUUCUGCCGAAGAGGUGGAGGAUGGUCUCGUUGCGUACCUGAAGAGCAGCGCUGCAAUACAGCUUUACACUUCUUCCCUAACACUACAGUAAGUCGUUCGCGUUUCAAAGGGGUGCUUCCGCAGCGCAGAUGACCCAACGAAUGUGCCCUCCACAUCUGUCUUCACUGUACAGCAUUGGACAAGCCUUCCAGGGAGCAAGCGUGCGUUGCAAACUUCUCGUAUAGCGAACAACGAACAUCUUGAACCUCGCUGACCCACCCUCGGCUUGCUAUAGCUGUUUGAGCGCAAAUUGUGCUUUUUGAAUAGCGUCAACGACUCCACGGACUCAAUGGCCGCCUGCCAGGUGCCGAUGCCAGACGUCUUCGAUGAUUCGUCAGGAGGUGCGAAUUUGCAGCAGAUAGGACCAGCCUCGUCGUCUAACCUGGAGCUGUACCAACGUGGGCCAUUCUUGCCGCGCCUCAGUCUCGAUCGCUGCGUCCACGCUUCCAAACGCUUGCUCGAAAUAUCAAGGCAUGCAGGCAAAGACCCUCAACCGAAUCCCUUCGGAGCCUGUUCCUUCGUCCUCAUCUCAUUCGUCUGUCUCAUGCAAGCGCUGGCAAUCAGCGGCACACCUGAUGGCGAAGGGGACACAGAGGAGAACGACGAUUCGAACACACCCCCUCGCAGACCUCAACAAGGUCAAAUGCCGGCAUCGUACUCCCGAGAUCUGUUACUUUCCGGGCAGGGAGCAGCCGCCCUGAGUCCUGCUGUCAAGCAAGACGGCCAGUUGAACGGAGGUCAUCAAAGAAGCGAUUUCACGGGCGACGCCGGUCAAGGCGUCAUUUCUGGCGGCUCUCGUCUUCAGCGACUGGAGAGGAUUUGGCAACGGGUGCGAGAAGUGCACGAGACCUUGAAAGCCAUGUCGGACUCGUGGGCUAUAACCAUCCCCAUGCAAGAGGAAGUGAGCAACUGUCUAGCUGCAAGCAAAGCUCUUCUUGCCUCCCCUUUCGGUUUGCAAAGCAUGCCGACAACAGCAGCUGGACCACAAGUAACUGGCGGGGCGCUCCCAGAAGCUGGCAUUUCAGAUACCAUGGACUUCCAAAAUAGUGCAGUGCCCUCUGCGAUGGACGCUCCGCUCGGAUUUGACCCGCUGCUCGGCUUCGACGAUGCUGCCGAAUCGCCUUGGUCCGGCAUCUCUACUGGCCAAUGA